AUGGCGGUGGCCCAGACGACCGAGAGGCUGUACUUCGCCACGCACUCCACCGUCUGCUGGCGCCUCAUCAGCGGGUCCGAGAUCUACUGUCAAUCCUACGACACGUCGGGCUACACCUUCAACGAGAUCUACAUUCCUCCGCAGGCGGGUCGCAUGUUCAUCACCAUGAACGACGUGCCCAGCGUGUACGUCAUUUCCCUGGCGCUGGACAGCACCUACCUCAACCUCGAGGCGGUGUGGACCCCGCUGAACUCCAGCGCGUUCAUCGGCAUUACAUCGGGCCGCUCGGGCAACCUGUUCCUGUUGACGACGAUGCAGAUCGGGCAGCCCUGCGCGGCGAUCGAGGUGGAUUCAAACAACGGCAACGUGGUGGCGUGCUUUAACCCGCCGCUGGCCAGACGGGCCUUCUUCCAGGCCAACUACGGACUCCUCUACAACAACGCGACCGACCUCUUCUACACCUUCAUCGCUUCGGCAAAUGCCAACACGACGGGCAACAGCUCCGCUGGGACCUACGACCCUUCGGCGAUGACUCCGGGCCAGCUGGAGAACACGGUGAUAAGCUACCUGGUGCUCAACAUCAGCUCGCCGGUAGACGGCACGCUCGGGCCGUGCCCGCGCCCGGCCAGCCCGAGUCCGAGCCCGCUGGUCAAGUCCGCCGGCUCGGACGUCAACGCCGUCGCCAUUGCCGUGCCGGUGGCGAUCGGCUCCACGCUGUUGUUUGUUCUUGCGGCGUUCCUGAUCGGCACCGCCUGUUGGGUGAUGGGCAAGCGACGGCGCAAGUACUUUGAUUCUACGGACGGCGCGGGCGACGGGGACCCCGAAGACCCUGCCGGCGUGGAGAUGGACAGCCACAAGUUCACCUUCAGGGAGAUUGAUGGAAAGGACCUGCGGCUGGGCAAACUGCUGGGCGAGGGCGCGUUCGGUAAGGUCUACAAGGGCGAGUACCGAGGGGCGGUGGUGGCGGUGAAGAUUUUCGAGGCGCUGCGGCUCGAUCAGGCCGACGAGAAGGUGCUCAACGAGCUGCGAACGGAGGCGCAGAUGAUGGAGCGCCUGUCCAACCACCCCGGCAUCGUCAAAUUCGUCGGCGCGAUCACCCGAGGCGACGAUGGCGCCAACUUUGCGCUGGUGACGGAGUUCUGUCCGCGCGGCUCUCUCUACGACCUGCUGGUGAAGAACAAGAAGAAGCUGCCGCUCAUCACGCUCGUGCGCAUGGCGCGCGAUGCCGCGUCGGGCAUUCUCCAUCUCCACAAGGAACACAUCGUGCACAGAGACAUCGCAGCACGCAACAUUUUAGUGGGCCAGAACUAUGAGGUGUAUGUCUCGGACUUUGGGCUGGCGCGAGCCCAGGAGGCCGACGGCCAGGUGGCCACCACGAAACAGAACUUUGGUCCCCUCGCCUGGAUGGCGCCAGAGGCUUUGAAGUCCCGCGAGUACUCCGAAGCCACCGACGCCUUCUCGUUCGGUGUACUCCUCUGGGAGAUGAUGGCGAGAAAGCGACCGUGGGCGGGGGUGGAGCCGGUGCAGAUCAUCACGUCGGUGACGUCCAACACCCGACUCAGGAUUCCCAAGGACUGCGACCCCAUCUUCGCCCAGCUCAUGAAGAUGUGCUGGCGCCAGAACCCCUCGCAACGGCCGUCGUUUGACAAGGUGGCCGACGUGCUCUCGAAAUACUACAAGCAGCUGCACAAGCUGCACGACAUUAGCGCCGACGCCUUCGAGAUCAGCGAUCAGGAGAGCGAGGGCGAAUCCGAAGAUGAGAUGGCGCUCGAGGGUCUGAGCUACGAGGAGUGGCAGAUGAAGCGCAUCAAGGACGAGGUCAAGUCCUUCAUGAAGCAGCUCAUCACCGAGGUCACCAGCAAGGACGAAUUCAACACUGAGCUCGCCAACGCCGGCAGCAAGCUGGUCGUGGUGGACUUCUUUGCCACGUGGUGCGGCCCGUGCAAGCGCAUCGCGCCCGCCAUCGAGAAGAUGAGCCAGGAGAACACCAACGUGGUGUUCCUCAAGGUCGACGUGGAUGAGGUCGGCGAUCUCGCCGCUGAGCUUUCCGUGAGCGCCAUGCCCACCUUCCUCUUCUUCAAGAACGGCAGCAAGGUGCACGAGGUGGUCGGCGCCAGCGAGGCCAAGAUCGCUGAGGGCAUCACCAAGCACCAGUAA